UACAUAGUUACAUGUAUACCAAAAAAUAAAAUAAAAUAAAAAACACUUUCAAAAACCAACCAACACACAUAUAGAGAAAGAUAUUUAGAAAGGUUUAUCUUUCUUGCUUAAGGGUUUUCUUGAAAAAAAGCUGCUGUAAAAGUGGUUAUCUGUACUUGUUUCUUUUCUUGUGUUGAUCGUUUUAGUCAGCUUAACUGUUAUAUCAGUUUGAAUGAAGGUGAAUUUUCGUAUUUUGGAUGGGGAAAGAUAUCUGGAUAUGAAGGAUAAACAUAUAACGAUAUCAGUUGAGAAAUCAUCUUCGGUCACAUAAAGUUUGAAAUUUUGUGCUUUGAAGGCUGAAGAUCUGUAGACUGAUUCUGGUCUAGAAUAACUGGGGAAAAAAAGAAGUUAUGGGUUAUAUAUGUGAAUACUGUGGAGAGCAAAGAUCGAUUGUAUAUUGCCGGUCUGAUGCAGCUUGUUUAUGUUUGUCAUGUGAUCGAAAUGUCCAUUCUGCAAAUGCUCUUUCGCAACGUCAUUCCAGGACGCUUAUAUGUGAAAGAUGUAAUUCACAACCAGCUGUUGUUAGAUGCAUCGAGGAGCGAACAUCGCUUUGCCAGAACUGUGAUUGGUCAGGUCAUGCUAGUUCUAGUUCAGGUUCAACAAUGCACAAGAGGCAAGCACUUAGUAGUUAUACGGGAUGUCCUUCCGCUGCUGAACUUUCUAAUAUCUGGUCAUUUCUAUUAGAUGACCCUUCAGUCGGUGAUACUUGUGAACAGAGAAUGGGUUCAAUGAGCAUCAAUGAUAACCGCCCUAGGGAUGGUCAAGAUCCUCAAGGAAAGGACAACUCACAAAAUGUGUUUGCUGCAGUUGAAGUGAGUGAAAUGAAUAUUUCUGACAAAUCGAAUCUUUUAAUGGAAUCGUCUAUGCCUACUUUUGACAACAAGCUGCAUAAUCUGGAACCACCUAUCGGAUCUUCGUCAAAGGGAUUCUAUAUGGGAGCAAAAGGCUCUAGUUUAUUUGAGGAGGAUCCUUUCUGUGAUAACCUCAUUAUGGAUUCGGUGGACAUGGGUAUUCAGAAUUAUGAAGAGUUAUUUGGGGAUUCUCUCAAUUAUCCAGAUGAGCUAUUUGAGAAUGAAAAUUUUGAUUGCUUCUUCGAGAUGAAAGACGUAAAAGGUACCGACUCUAGCUGCCAGGAUAUCCCCAAUGCUGCUGAGGGAUCAGCAAUUGCACGGGUAAAUACAGUGCAUCCAACAUGUAGCGAUGCAGCAUCUGCAGAUUCCGUGAUGAGCUGCAAGACAGAUUCUAUCCUUUACUUUGCUAGACAAUCUAGCCUCUCAGUUUCCAAAAAAACUGGAGAAUGCAGUACCGGAGAUUACCAAGACUGUGGAGUCUCCCCGAUGCUCCUAAUGGGAGAGCCACCACCAUGGUGUCCUCCAGGUCCUGAAAUUUCAUCACCAUCGACUAGCAGGAGCAAUGCUGUGUUGCGCUACAAGGAAAAAAAGAAGACAAGGAAAUUUGACAAGCGAGUGAGAUAUGUUUCCCGCAAGGCAAGAGCUGAUGUCAGAAGGCGUGUGAAGGGCCGGUUUAUCAAGGCUGGUGAUGCUUACGACUAUGAUCCACUCCCGACCAGAAGCUACUGAUGGUUAUCACGUUGUUUCUGAGCAACGAAGCUCAAAGCAGAUACGCUGAGGCUCAUUUUGUCAACUAAAGAAUGCUGGACAUCGCUAUUUCUGGAGCACUCGAUCAACCUUCUUUCCGGAGAGUGAUCAAGAUUCACCACAAGUACGUUCUGUUCUUGCAACUCUAACUAGGUGACUUCACACAUUUGAAGUACUCACAAACUUAGCUGCACGUUAACUUAGGUCCGGAGAUUGUGAAUUCCUUGGCUAUUAUGUUGACAUAUCAUGUAUAUUAUGGUCGGUGUGUAGAAUUUAAAUGCUAUAAUGAGCUAUCGAGAUCGAUGGAAGCUUGCUUUGUAAACUUAGUUCAUUUAUAUUGUAAGAUAAGAUGGUGAUAUUUACUCCUUGUAACCACUUUUGUCGCCUUGUAUUUAGAAGUUAGCCACUUUUUCCCUCAAAAUUAGACGCGUGGUUUGAGCAAAAGUUUUGUAUUUUAAACUUCGGACCACUGAUCUAAUUUUGAAAGAGUAGCCAGCUUCUACAUACAAGGCCAUAAAUUUGGCUACUUGCGUAAAUCGACUGAUAUAAUGUGUAGUAGAUAUUAGGAGGUUUAGAGUCUUGAGAGGGCUAAUAAAUAGUAUCACUCUGUAAUAACACAAAUUAUAGUUUUUGGUACUAUGGGUAUCACAUUGAAAUAUAUAUUAUCAUCUUACUGUC